AUGGCUGAAGCUGUGGGUUUAGCUUCUGGGUUGCUGACCUUGGCAUCUUUUGCUUUUCAGUCUAGCAUCACACUAUACGAGACAGUCAAGAGUUUUAAUUCCCACCCAAAACGUGUGCGUGACCUACUCGAGGAGUUGGAGGCUUUGAUUGCGGUUUUGGGUCCUGUCAAAGACAUGAGCAUAACACCAGCGGGUACAUCACUUCCCGCGCUUGAUCUUCCUCUGAAAAGAUGCGGAAACGCAUGUAAAGAAUUUGAACAGCAGCUUGUUAAAUGUUCAUCGCGAUCUGGUGGCGAUCGAAAAAGUUUCCGCGACUGGGCUCGUUUAAGGUACAUGAAUGAUGAUAUCGAUGGUUUUCGGCGACUACUCGCUGGGUACAAGUUGACGAUCAAUAUAGCUCUCACUGACGCAACCCUGCAUCGGUCUUCCGUUACCGCCGAGAUGCUCGAGAACCAUAAGCAUCUGAUCCAAGUCACAAAGGACGACCUCGAAGCCCAUCUUGAAAGUAUGGAUGAAAGACUAGAGCGUGUGCUUGAACAAGCCGCAGUAGGCUCUAAGAGCGAUACAUCUGAAAUGCAAGAGAUGAAAGAGGAGCGCCUGAGUACAGAGAGAUGUCUUCAAAUUUGUGCACGCUUGUCUGAGCAUAUUGAGCAGAUUCAGCUCAGUCCGGAACGCAGCGACCACUCCUCUGGAAUAUCGGAUUUGAAUGCUGUACCUGAAAUGAUCGUUAAUCAGGGCCUGCAACAGUGUAAAGAUAGCCUCAACUCAACAGCCAUGAAGUUGGAGAAGCACAUCCAAGACGUCAUGGAUCGAAUGUUUGCGAAAUCCAAAUCGGGCAUGACAUCUGAGGAGGACAUUGUGGAUUUGACCAGACUACGAGACGAGUGGAAAACGACUCGUCAAUGCAUAGAUAUCUGCUCGCGAGCAGACAAACAUCUCAAAGAGACCGUUACCACUGUCGAAAAUCAUGGUACCGGCGAUUCCAUACAGUUCAUGAUUUCAACCAACGGACAAGUCAUUCAUGGAAAGAAUCGAGGACUAGGAUGGAGGAAUAGACAGGUUGGUGGCCAUCUCAGUGAUGACUCUCUCCAACAGUUAUCUCGGGACAUGACUAGUAUCAAAUUCCAGCAAACGUAUGAUCCAGAUUCGCAGUCUGCGGAUAGCCAGCGAACCCCCCCUGUUGGUCAAGACAGCCAGACUCAGGCAUACAGCGAGCGCUACGGGCGGGGAUACCAACUGACACCCAAAUCGCCAUUAGACAACACCUCUGUUUCUAUGAUUCCAUCGGACAGUAAGCCACCAAGCAGGUAA